GAUUUUGGGAAAAGAGGAUGUUUAAAAGGAGAUUUACAUUUACGUGAAUCCCCUAUUCUCUCUGUUAAAUAGCUGCAUACCAUUUUUCUUCAAAACCCUAACCCUAACAACAACACAUGCCCCCUUCCUCUGUUCCUCAACCAUAACUCGAUCAGAUAAGAUUAUGUUGUAGAGAUAAUGGAAGCUAAUCACUUGGACUCUAAUGUGCUUUUGCCCCCACGAAAACGGCUUCUUGCCUGUAUGAAAUCCCGGAAUGGGAAUGGCAAUUCCAAUUCCAAUCCGCCAUCAACUUCCAAUCCCAUGAACGAAUUUGGUACCCGUCUCAAUAACUUGUUGAGCGUUCAUCCGAAUGACAAUAAUCUUUCCCAAUUGAAGAUCGUGGAGGCUUCAAGAUCAGCAGCUGAAGUUGCAUCCAAGAUUGCAAUAGCUGCAAGAGCUUUAGCUGAGAAGAAGGCGGUAAUGGCAGCCAUUGCCAUGGCUGCCGCCAAGAAAGCUUUAGAAUUAGUAGCAGCUAUUAACGAGCAGGAGACUUCAUCAUCUACCUCAAAGAAGAACAAAAGAAAGAAGCAUGUUGAUGUUCAAAUGUUGUAUGAUAACAAGAAUUCAAAUGUUGAAAAUGGAAAAACAAGUGAUGAAGAAUUAGCUCGACAAUUGCAUCAUGUCAUAAACAGGUCCCCUAGAAUUCCUAAGAAGCUUAAAAUCCCGCUUCCUUUGGAAAAUGGUAGAAUUAAUGAAGAUGAAAAUUUGAUAAAAGUUGAUGAAUUUGAAGAGGAUAAGGGUAUUAUUGGUAGGAAAAGGGGAAGAAUGAAACAGAAGAAGUUGCCUUUGAGUAUUUGUCAUAAUCGGGGUCAAUUAAACCCUAAUGAAGAUAGUAGAUGGAAAAGCUCUGAAUCAGUUGAAAAUAUAGAAAGGAAUUCACUAUCUAAAUGCCAGGUGUUCAAGGAAACAACUCGUUUAAAACAAAACAAAACUAUACAAUCAUAAUGUUCAUGUUCAUAGGCACAACAUGAACGUGCAUAGAAUUGUUGGCUUCAAAGACGUGACCAUAGAAGUCUAUAGUAUAAGUGAUCCUUUUUUUUUCUUCCUCUCAUUAGUUUGCAUAGUAAUCGAUUGUGUUUAUCAUGGUUUUGUAAAGGCAAGAACGUGAUUUAAUUACUUGAAUAAUGUUUCCUAUUUUUCUUUUUUUAUGUUUACAUAUAUAUGUAAAAUCCAUUUAACAAAUUUGUACAAUGUUGUUUAAAUCA